AUGUGCGACUCCGGCAGCCCUCUUGUGAAAGGAAUCUUGAAGAAGCCGAAAGAGGAUCACACAAUUUAUAUCCAUGAAGAUGCGUGGCUUCUUGUGAGUUUUCAUAAUAAACAAAAGUAGCACUUGGAAGUCACCUUCUCUAGAAAUAGAAAUAAGCUUCUGGUUGCUUAUUAUAAAAUGAUUCUUUUCAGCCCGAGCACGACAACGAACCCGUGUAUGACCCCAGAGACACCAGCGUGCGUUUUUUUUUCUAAAUAUAUUUUUCUCUAGAGAAAAUUAUCAGGCUAAGUCACUAUUUUUUCAGUUCGAGAGCUAUGACCCCCGCGAUGCCCCGGCAACUUGGCGAAUGAAGGUAACAUUUCUCUCAGAAAAAAAAAACAUUGACGCCUUUUUUUCAGUACUGGAACUUUAAGCGACACCUGGCUAUUUUGUUCCAGAAGAAAAGAGCUCCCUACGUUGAGGUAAGAAGGCAAUACAGUUUGAAUAAUCAUGAACUUUCAGAACGAUUACACUGAAAUCUUGUUCCAACGAGUUGCGGAAAGUAAAGAUUUUGAGAGUACUCCGUUCUCGGUGAGUCAGCUUUCAAAAAAUGAAUGAAUAUUUUUUUUGACACGAGAGUUGAGUCCGAUAAAAUGUUGAACAUAUACUUUUUGUUCAACUACCAAGUCUCUGACAAAAGAAUUAAAAGUUCUUAAGACUCGAACAAUAAUCUAUUAGUGCAAACUUUUCAUUGCACUCAGAACUUCGUUUUUUUCAGAUCCAUUCGUCGCCGAACAACCGGACUUCUCCAGUCAAAGUAAGAAGAAGAAAUGAAGUUUUUUUAAAUACAAGCAAAAAUUUUAGGUGUGGAGUCUCGAGUCGUCUCCUCGUCUUGUUUGCGGAACAGAUUUUUAUCCACAAAAAGACGUGAGUUUCAGAUCAAUAUGAAGACUUCUUUUUUUCCAAAAAAAAUCCAAUUGAUUGACAUUUAAACAAGAACUUCAGGCUGUCAUGGCCGGAAUAGACGUCGAAAGGCACACUGUGGUGCAAUUCCAUCCGGAGCGUCGAUGCGUUACUUUUGAUGUUCGGAGUUUGAUAAUUUCAUCUUUUAACAAAAUUUUCCAGGUGGAUUCUGCGCCGGAAGCGAUUGGUUGGGCUGUUGAGUCAUCCGCAAUUUCUUCCGACGGGCUUCUCUCGACAUGGGAUUCCACUUUGGAGGCUUUCAGCCGGGACUUGAUCCCCCGGACGCCUCCAUUUUUCUCGACUCCUUGUUCUUCGUCUGUGAUCAAGGUUAGUUGAGCUCUUUCAUUGCCAAAAAACUUCAAAACUGAGGCAACACAUUCUAUUUUUUUUUACGUGAUUUGAUUUGAAAUCCGUUUUUUUGUCACAGUAACUGAAUUUUUUCAGGACGACUGGCAGGAAGGAACGCCUAUCCGUGCUCUCGAAUGGUCGACGACGUUUUCCGAUGGCCUGCUGUCGUCAACGGAUCCCACCUUGGAGGCUAUCAGCCGGGACUUGAUUCCCCGGACGCCUCAAUCGUCUUCUACACGUUGUUCUCUUGAUUUGGAGACCACGUCUUCCAACGGAUUGUUGUCGACACUGACGUCUACUCUGUGCACAACGUCUUCCGGUCUUCUCUUUUCGAGUCCAUCUCUGACAAGAAGUCUUUCGUCUUCUCGCCUUUCUCUCAGGGUGAGUCAUAUUUGAACUCAUUUUCACUUCUCCGAGAAUGGAAGACAUUCUCACGCAUUCUAGCACGUUUUCCAGAACUUCCAUGUCCGUGGGGACCGAGAAAACGCCAAGAAUAUGAUCACCUCCAUGUGCGAACGAUCGUCCAGUGAACAACUUCUUGUAAGAAGAAUGAAUAAUAAGGUAACUUUUGCGAAAUUGAACGAGAUUACGAAGAACGAUUUUUCAGUUCAAGGAGCUGAUGUCCGAAGCUUCGGAUGAGUCGCCGGAAUACAACGAGAGUAUCACGACCAACGCUGCCAGCGACCAUUCAGUCCUGAUCCCCAACUUCUCUGGAUUGAGAAACGCGGUACAUUUUUUCUGAUAAUUUAUUUGAUCAUUUCUUCUUGACAAGGUGUCAUGCAAAUACGAAAAAAAUUACAAAAAAGUUUUUGGUUGUAUGGGCUAAUUUCGUGUGAGAAAGUUGGGCUGAUAAUGUUUGGGAAAAAUCUUUCAUACUUUCCGCUCAAUCCUCUUGAAGUACGAGCAUGACAUUUCUAUGAAAAAUAGGCGAUUUCAACCGAAAUUCUCACCUAGUACCUAUUUCAGAUCUCCACUGGAUCCUUCGAGGUCGUCGCCACGUUCGAAGCCGCAUCCGAAUCUUUCUCCAGGUAAGCUUAUUCAGCCUUAGUGAAAAAAACUAUUUGGAUUUCAGAAUGGAUGUGUAUGCGAGCGUCGAGGAAAGCCUCGAAAUGUUGGGCGACGUCAAAUCGGCGGCUAUCAAAGAAGGCAUCCGUGUGACGGGGUUUGUCAGAAACAGAAAAAUUCAGCAAAAAGAUAUUUUCAGAUUUGUGAGCUGUGCCAUUGGCUGUCCCUGCGAAGGUAAAGUUUUGCCUGCUCAUCUGGCUCAGAUCACAAAACUCUUGCUCCGCUUUGGUUGCGCUGAAGGUGAGGAUUUUUUCCAUUGUUGGGUAUUUCGUAGAAAAUUGGUGCUUGGAAUAACAAAGUUGGGAUCCGUGUCUCUUGGUUCUGCAGGACUCUGAUAAAGACGUUCAAAAAAAAAGUGAAGUCAAAAUCUUACAUUGUGAAUUUUUUAUGCUUCCCUUCUUAUCACGCUUUUCGUGAUUUUAAUAAUUUACGAAAAACUUUUUCAGUCCACGUCAAAGAGACAAAAAGUCGCACUGACGGAUUCAGCGGGAGACUUUAUCAAUAUUCGGCUCACGUCUACUCCCACGGAUGGAACUGCGGUACCGUCUGAAAACGCCAACGACAUGACACUUGUGGAUAUUCACAUUCCUGUCCAGGUCAGUAAUCUGAAAUUUGCUUGCACUUUUGUUUUGAUUAUGAAAAUCCAGUGUAAUUCUCGGAGUCAAGUAAUAAUUCUUCAUUUGAUUCAUGACAAGAGCCGAAAAAGUUAGGAUAAAAAAAUCUUUAUUUUUUUCUUAAUUCAUAUAUAACUCUUUUUUUCAGAAAGGAAUUUGUGUUGGAAACACGUCGAUCGGGGGAAUCUAACGGAGUCCCUCAUCUGCCGUCUAAGGACAACACCGGGGAAGAAGCCGACGUCGUCAUCUACAAAUUCUAGUUACUUGUGCCAUUUUUUUUGUCAUUGAUUUUGCUUUUCUUGGAAUUCUAGCCCGUUUUCGUCUGUAAAUUCUUAUCCUUUGCGUCUGGUAACUUUUUCUAUUGUCUGUGAAUACCUUUUGCGUCGAAUAAAUCUUUCUUUCUCAGUCUUAAUUUUUGUAGAAUUACAGUUUCAGUCUGUUCAUACAUUCAUGCCGUGUUCAAAGUAAUUUCCGCGAAAUGCAAAAAUACCCGUUAGAGAAAGGAAAAAGAUCACUUAAUUUUUGGAGAAUCAGAGAUCAUUUUGCAUUUCGCGGAAAUUACUUUGAACACGGCAUCAGAAGAGCGAAUAAAUCAUAACCAAAAAUUUGCAAGACGCUUCAUGUCAGAAUGGUUGCAAAGAGAAGGCGAACAAAACUACGAUCCUGUCAGAUUCGCCAUAGAAGUCCUAAGGAUUAUCAAGAAGUUGAGUUUUUUUUUUCGGUUCGUAUGUUUUCUUCAAACCAUUUUCAGCAAUCGCCGCCUUCGUUCGACUUUCUUCAAAAUUUCCGCCCUCUACGCGACGAUCAGACUUUCUCGGAGGAGCAGCAGUUUGUUCAAAAACCGAUGAUGAAUAAUAGAGAAGGAUGUUAUUAGAUUAUUACAACUGAAAAAAAUAAAAAGUUUUUUUCAGGUCUCUGUGCCCCUAAACAGCCAACCAAAAGAGAGGUCUUGAUCACGAAGAUAAAGUUUCCUGCUUCAGAAUUUUUAAUAAAUAUUUUUAGUAUUUUUGACUCUUUCAUUGGCGCUUGGACUGGACAUAAAUGAAAAAUAUUAAAUUGGAGUCGUUGAAAAACAACGAGAGUAAAGGCUUCAAAAAGUCGACAUUGUCUUCACCCCACUCAAAGUUAGUUUUUCCCGUUAGCAGAAGGAUAAUUUUCAGUUGCCCAGAUUUUCAAAUAUUCUUGUGACCUCUCAAGGAAAGGUUCGUGUCACGAUAUCCUCGCUCAACAGGCUGCUCUCAUGUAGGAGCAACACUGUAACCUCGCCACGACGACUUGUUCUACGCCAGGACGACUUAAUAUAUUUCGGUAUAUCGAUCUUAUUUUUCCUACUGAAGUGAAAUGCAUGCACAUGGUUAUGAUAAUGAGCUUUGAAGAGCUUUGUAAACACUUGAGAAACACAAAAAGUCGCAAGAAAACAAGAAAGAAUUGGAGAAAAAAAGUAUUUAUUGUAUUUUUUUCGAAAAUUUCAAAAUUGACAAGUGAUGAUAAAAAUUACACGGUUAGAUAGAGAAUCGAACAGAGAUCACAGCUAUAUAAUUUUUAUCACAAAAAGACCAACUUUGAAAACCAAGCAUACUGUAGCUCUGCGCGCGCCCUGCGUAUCUAUGGUUAUCGUUCUCUGCGCCCUCCGCGGCGAGAGAGUACUCGCUUUUUCAAAUCUUCCCCACAUAUUUCAGUUUUUUUAUAAGUUCAUUUUUCAUCCGUUUUCUGUUCUGUUUUUUUGUAUUAAUGUUCUAAACAAGAUGGAGAACACGUAGCUUUAAUGUUCCAUGUGUUAUUUUCAGUUUUAGAAUUAGUUUGCACUGUUUAUCGCUAUUUUUUUAGUGUUUAGGUUCACAACUUCUGUUUCGAUUUGGUUUUUUUAUUCUGUUUUCACAUAUAUCAUUCUAAUAAGUUUUUUUAAACAAUCUCACAUAAUGAUUUCAUGUGUUGCUUGAAGUUUUUUCUGUCUUUUUUUGAAUAUAGGCUGUUUUUUUAUUCAAAAAUUUUUCGAAGUUCUGUUAGUCUUUACUGUUUUAUUUUUUUACACUGGAAAUAACUGAAGGGUUUUUUUGGUAAUGUGAGGUAUGUUCUGUUUCAUACUAGAAAUUUGUUUCUAAUAGUCACAAGAACCGCUUUUUAUUUUUUUGUUUUCGCUUCUCUUUGGCACCUCUUUUCGUUCAUUUCUCUCAUUUGAUGAUUUUUUUCAGCAAUCUUCGCGGACGUUCUUCAAUCUGUCUCAUAUAUUCAAAACGAUCAGAAUGGUUUGGAGAAGCCGCAGUUUCUCCGGAACGUGUGAUUUGACACUGAGAAGGUUGUUAACAGAUUAUAACAACUGAAGAAAGAGUAUUUUUCAGGUUUAUGAACCCACAGAGGUCGAUUUCACCAGCCGAUCGAAUAAGAGAUCGUGGUCUCAAAGGUAAAAAUAUGAUCAUAUGACAAAUUUAACACGUUUUUUUAAGAUUGUCAAGUCGCCUUUGGGCGCUCAAACUGACCACAAAAACAAGUUUCGAAUUGAAUGAGUCGAGGAGCAACGAGAUAAAGUGGAUUCAAGCGGGAAACGACAGCGUCCGAAUCUUCAUCGAUGUAAGCUUUUCUUUUUUAAAACAUGGAGAACUAUCAAACUGGCUAGGUUUUCACCUAUUUUCAUGAUCUUCCAGUGAAAUUUUUCGAGUCGCGGCUCGUCGCUCAACGGUUUUUGGCGAAUGCUCUCAUGUAG